AUUUGAAUCCCCACGGGGAUCCAUGGGGUGGGGAAAAUUUUGUGGGGAAAAAAUCACCUCCAUCCUCGCCCCAUGGAGGAAAAUAUUUCAAGAAUCUCCACCCUCAUGGCGGGGAUCCUCGUGGAGCUCCAACGAUUAUGGAACAAACUGUCAUCCCUACGCGGGGUCCCAUGGGGAUCCCCACCACAGUUUACAUACUGCUGCUGGAGUGGACUACUACCAAGCUACACUGUUGCUGCUAAAUCCAUCUAGACUGUUGCUAUCAAACUCGAAGUCAUCUGCCGAUCCAAUCUGUUGGAGUUGUUGUUGAACUAUAGACUGCUAAACUCUAUCUUUGUGCUGCCACCUACCUUGCUGCCGGACUACUUCACUUGCAGAUCCAAACUGUUAAAAGUUUAAAUAAUUUGUUUAUGGUUGAAUUAACAUAGAGAAAGUUUGGAUUUUCAAGAGUUUACUUGAUUCUCUAACUGCUCAUAACCAUUUUUAUUAGUGAAUGUUUAUGAGACUAAAUGAUUGAAACACACAAUAAAGGAUUGAAACACACAAUAAAAAUUUAAUCUUUUUCUCUUCUAGGUAAUUUAAUAUGUUCACGAUUCUACUGAUGAGUUUGUUGUAUUUUUGGAUUUUUUGUUAAAUGAAUUGUUAAGGCAAAAUUUCGGUUAGAUUUAGAUUUGAAAAAACAUUAGGUGUGGGCUCUGGUUUCGUUGUUAUGAGGCUUUCAUUAUUGGCUACCUUUAGUAUUUUUGAAGGCUUCAUUUAAUUGCUCUCAGUUUGGUACUGUUUGGUUGUUUUUGGUUGUGUUAGAUCACAAUUCAGUUCUAUAUAUUAAGCUACAAUCUCUUGGUUUGAUAUAUUGGGUCUCAAAAAUUGGGAAUUUUGAGUUGGGUUUGUGAUGUUUAUGUAAAGAUGGUGAAUUUCUUGAUUAUAUGGGUGUUUUGCUUGAAUAUACAUGAGCAUUUUUU